ACCGCUGGGCAAACUCAGAGAAACGAUGGAUUUUAUCCGGUCAGCUGGCGGACGUUUCUGAGAAAACAACGAAAACUAUGUCGUAGCGUCGCUGCGGCGUCGGACGGAAGACAAAGCGAAGUGGAGAUAUUCGCUUACGGUAAGAGACGCGUUUGGAGCGUUGAACAGGAUAUUAUGCGAGGGUGAAACUCCCUCACCGGCAGACUCCUCUGACCUGGUUGGCUCAAGAGUUUCAUGAAAGUUUCUAAAACAGUGUUAGGACUUCAUUCUUGGCUCAAGGAGCACCCAGUGUUGGACGUUGCACCACAAUAUGUAAUUUGUCUGACCGAAAAGUAAUGUAAAUAUUUAUUUACAUGGUCCUGAAAGAAAGUUAAGAGCUCUUGUAAAUGUGUACGAUAAAAAAAAAAAAAAAAAAAAAGAUUCAAAGAGCUUUGAAAAAAAAAGUAAUCAGUAUGAAAGUCCAAAACUUUAUUUGUGUUUAAAUGGCUGAUUAUUAUCCAAUCGUGAACAAGUGGGUUAAAUUACACUUUUGUCCUCUUCAUCAACAACCAUCAUUCCAAGACAUUUUGUCAGGUCUUAAUGUGGUAUCCAUGGCAACUUCUAGGCAUUUAAAUCCUUAUAAUUUAACAAUAUGCUGGAACAAUGAAGCACAGUGUUCACAAGGAAGCAGCUCCAACGCAAAUAAAUCAAUUCCUUUCUGAGAAAACUAUUACUGCUUAGAUGAGAUCUGCUGCAGAUGACCUAUAAACCAGAGGGCUGAUCUAAAAAAAAAAAAAAAAAAAAAGAAAUCCCCCGAUUUUCAGUUUAAAGUUAAAGAGAGACAGAAGGUUCCAGUAGCUGAUCAGAGUCUCAUUUCAUGCCAGAAAUUGUAGCAACAUAAUUAUGUUAUGAUGCGUGUUAACUGGAACAUCUCGCUCUCGUUCAUGGAACAAUGAAUUAAGGACUUCACUGUGUCCUAAAGUAAAAAAAUAUAGCAUGGUGUUUGCCUGUGAGAUGAAGCUUGUUGUCACGAUUUACCAGUGUUUGACAAAUAUCUUUCACCUUGGUUUUCUCAGUGGUGACAAGGGAUUCUGAGCAGGAAUAGCUGAAAAAGUCAACAGAGGUCCAUGACGGUGUUGGAUUUUCUUUUUUCUUUUUGUCAAAAGCAGCCUGAAGUGACCAAUUCAUGCAAAAUAUUCAAAUUCAAUUUGAGUUUGUAGCACCUUUCAGCAGCAAGGCAUUUCAAAGUGCUUUCCAUCAUAACAAACACAAAAACACAAAGUCAUGCAACAUAGAAUCAACAAUCAAAACAUUACAUUGAGUCGGUGCCAUCUUGAAAUUUGUAAACUGAUGUUUUGAAUAUUGCAUGCAGAGUAGUUGACUAAAAUUCACGCUGACCCACCUUUGAACCUUCGGUUACCUUUUUAUCCCCUUCUAAAUCUGUUUUGCAUCUGUUAACAAACCAUUUCUUUCUGAGUUUUUAGCUGUACUUAAAUACUAUAAUGAGUUACAGAAGACACGGACAUUAAAAGUAAUGAGACUCUUCUACUGAUUUUGGAUUGGAUUGAGAUCCACAGUUGGACCCGUUGAUUCUAUAAAAUAAGACAGAUUACGACCCCUGACAGCAGAGCUGUACAAUACACUGCAAAAACACAAAAUCAAGUUAGCUUCUUGUGCAAAUAUCUCCACCCACUUGAAAUAAAACCACUUUCAAGUCACUUUUCAAAAAAAAACAUAGGAGCUUGUUUUAAGUCAGUAACUUCCUACUGUUGAUGAAAACAACAUAAUUCUGUUUCGUUGACGGAUUAUUUCACUUAUAAAAAGGGAGAAAUAUCUUGUUACAAGUGAAAUAAUCUUCCAGUGAAUCAAGUCAUUAUCAACUCCACUAUUUUGUCUUCAGGAAAUUAAGACCCGAUAAUUUUGUGACUUGUCUGUAAAAAACCUUUAAUUUAAUAACCAGCAGAGCAUUGUGUCUUAAGCUGACAUUUUAACAGGAACUUACUUUAAAUGUCUAGAUUUAAUGUUUUUGGCUGUUCUCUCUUGAAUGACUGCCUCCCGUAUUGCCAGCUUCUUCUUCUUCUUUUGUGUUCAGUGAAAAAUACACAAUAUUUGGUUCACAAGAGUCAGACAAGAUGAAAUUCAAACAACAUUUUAGGUAAAGGUAAGAAUCUUAAUUUCUUUUCUUUGUUUUUGCACAUAGCUUUCACAAACUCAAACUGCACAAGAGUCAAUGUAGAAUAAAUAAUUUAUUGUUGGACUGCUGCAUGUAUUUUCCAUUACUGCAUCAGUCUAAUGUAGUCUUUGAAAAUGCCAAUUUGUGUGAAGUCAAACAGUCCGUAUCACUUACAUGUUGGCCGUAUUUCCUUGACAGUGGAGAACAUGGUUGAUGCUCACACCCUGCUGACUGGAGAUCACAAUAAAGUUUCUAAUCCUCCUUGCAAUUCCCCAACAACUCCCGUCUUUAUUUUCCUACAUUUUUGACAACUAAGCUCCUUUUCUUCUGCUUGUAUCUUUUCCUGCAACCUCCCCCCUCCCCAACGGCUCCUCUUAUCUCUUGGUUUCCUCUGUCAUGUCCGUAUCCAUGAGGAACCCACCUCAACGCCGGCGGUCCCUGGGUCCCGUCUCACCCAAGCGAAUCUACAGGAAUCUCUCUGUCAGACUGAGGGGAGGAGAGUCGUCCGUCGCCGCCGAGGUGCAUGCACCCAAACACACCAGCAAGCCUGCAGAAGCUUACAAGACCCUGUGGGAGGCAGUGGAAAACGAGGACACUUUGGCCGUGCAGAGCCUCUUGUCCAAAGAUCAUGCCAGCUGUGGAGGAGGAGGAUCGAGCUUGUGGGAGCGAGGAGAGAAGAAAGAGACGGACUGGGAGAGAGAUAAAGAAAAAGGGGUGAACCGAGUGAGCGAGCAGGGGUUGGUUCCUCUGGAUGUGGCCGCGCUUACCCACAACUCACCUCUUCUUCACGUGCUGACGAAGGCAGGCGCCAGGCAUAACCCUAUUUUGUGCCGGCCAGCAGACUGGGGGCUCAAGCUGGACGCCCUGGUGGAUCUGGCGAGCAGACGGAUGGAGGAGAGGAAGUCGGAGUUGGCCAGGAAAACAGGAGCGGGCCCCCAGGCGCAGGCGGAGGUCCAGGGACAGAGCCGCCUCUGGAGACUGCGGCUGCAGCUGUACUGCCGGAUGAGAGAGAACUUCCAGAACACGGAGCUCCCAGCCCCGCCCAGCCAUGUGUCCUUACUGGUGACCAGCAGUUCCUCUCUGUGCGUGGUGAUCAGGGAGCCGGACGGUAACAGCAUGGGGCUCAUCACCCGCUACAAAGUGGAGUGGAGCACCUCGGUCAGCUUCAAACGUGUCCUCGGUACGGCCCAGGUCACAGAAACGAGGAACCCCUCCUACAUCAUCAACGGACUGACAGCAGGAACGCACUACUACGUGAGAGCGAGCGCCUACAACGUGAAAGGAUGGGGCCCGCCUCAGAGCUCGGCUCCGGUCAGCGCCGCGCCGUCAAGCUGGAGAGAGUGUGUUGGUGUGAAGACGCCGCUCAGGAACCACGAGGGCCUUGUGAGGAAACUGCUGGAAGAUGCCAAAGAAUCCCAGUACAGAGGAUAUUAUAUAGACAGCUCGAAGUCGGCGAGUCCCAGCAAGCGCCUGUUGAUGUCUCGGGGCAUCAAGCAGCUUUUCCACUCUGCCACCAAGUUUGUUCGUCUCCUGCAAAGGGGUGUGUACUUGGCGACCGUUUUCUACCACAAGGACAACGUCCUGGUGGCCGCUGAGGAUCAGAUCCCACUGGUGGAGAUCCAGUGCUGCUCCACCUCCAUCACCCAGGACUUCCUGUGGUUUGCCAAGCUGUCCUGCGCGUGGCAGCAGGUGCCCUGGCUUCAGCAGGGCCUGUCGUCUGCUCACUCCUCUCCCUCCUCCCUCCUUCAGAACCGGCACAACAUCUUAAAAGCUGUUUCUCAGCUGCAGUCUUCUCUAGGAACAAUGGAUUUGGGUCAGGUGUACUACGAGCCACUGAAAGACAGGCAGGGCAAUGUGCUAAUAGUGACGUUGAGGGAGUUCCCAAAUCCUCCAUCAAGCCCUCCUGACCCUCCAUUCCACUGGAUUCCUCUGGACCGGCUGGAGAGGAACCGCAGCAGAACCCCUCUGCUGCCCGAGCCCACUGCCAUGGAUACGCUCUUUGAGCAAUUGAAGGACAAGCUGUCCUUCCAUAGGCACAGCAUCCAGUGGAUCCAGCCCGGCCUGUAUGUGGGCAUCCUAAAACUGUGCAGCUCGGUGGACCAGAUCAGGGUCCUGGUGCCGCAGCGGCUGCCGAACCUCCUCUGCCACACGCGGGUCCGACAGAAUCCCCACGUGACCAGAGAGGAGUGGGCCUGGCUCCAGAGUCAUGUUUACGCUGCACACAGCGGCGGCGCUCAGAGCCCGCCGAGCGGCGAGGACGAGAGCUCGGCGGAGAGCAGCGGAGUGGAGGAGUUUGUCAGGUCUCUGAGAGCCGCAGUCACACAUCUCCUGACGAAGCUCAACAUCCCCCUCUACAGGGCCUACCAGUAUGGCGUGUACACACGGGAGCUGCUGCAGUUCGGUGGGAAGGUCUCCAUGCUUCUUCUCCUGCCUCCCAGUGAGGACUUCAGCUCCAGUUACUGGCCUCUGGUGGGAACCAAAGAGCCCGGCGUCACUCUGCCCCUGCAGAUCUUUGAACUGGUUCACUUCUGGACCUACGAGCGGGACUUCCUGAGUCAGUACUGCCAGGCCUGGGUGAGGCUGGAGCUGGACACUCACCUGGCCCAGCAGGCUCUGCGUGAAGCGCUGGACACCAAGGAGGUGCAGGAAGCCCGGGAGCGCCUCAACAACCUCACCGACCUUUCUCGUCGUUUGGAGAUGGUGUGGAGGGACGCCCGAUGGAUAAUGGACUGUCUGCAGUGUGUCCGCUCCAAGCAGUGGGUUGGGGCAGUGCCUUUGGGCCUGGUGAUGGGGGGGGACCCACCGCCUUGUCCUGAUGGUGAGGAAGAGGAAGACGGCUUGACUGCAAGGUUGAAGUGGCCCAGCCGGAUCCAAACACAAAGAUCUGUAGCAGGAAGUUCUUCCGCUGUCCCCAUACCAGUUACCGCCGAGGUCUGCGCUCCACAAAGAAUCCCGGCGGUCCUGGAGGACGCUGCACUCAGGGUGAUGGAAGGCGUCGUGAAGGGAGGGUAUCCUGUUGACAUCAGCUCUCGGUCGACGGCGGACCUGUCCGGCAUCGGCCUGCCGGAGGACGGAUUCACCAGCGCUUUAAUGGACAGUGGACGUAACUCUGCUGCUGUGGCACAGCUAGAGGCCACGGUGUUGGACACCGCAGACUUCAACCCCAGAAUCACGGACGUCAUCCGGCCGAUGGAGGCGGCGGAGCUGGUGGACAUCUUGCCGGCGCUGAGUCUUAUUGAGGAAGAGAACCCCUGUGCUCCAUCCGCGCCGUCUGUAAUGGACAUCCUGGAGAACUUUGGACUUGGGAUCGGGGAGGAAAACGCCCACUUUCUCUUUGAGAUUGACGACAAGAGUCGGUCGAAGGCGAACACUGAGAGCGAGACGCACUGUGAGGGUAUUGUGUUAAACGGAGCGGGAGUCACACCUUCUUGUGCCACUGUAAAUGGUUCAGAGAGCGCCACGCCUUUUUCAGGGCGCGCCUCGCCUCGGGACGAUAGACAGACGAUGGAGGCUCCAAGUAAGGGAGCAUCACUUCCAGUGAGAAACCUGGUGGAGUGGGACAGACCAUCCACCAGUUCAUCCUGAUAUUAAACUUUAUCAGCUUGAAGUUGCAGUUGCGCUCCAGCACUCGAUAAAGAAGUGAAAAACCUCACUUAUUCUUUUUGUGAUCAUUGUAUUUAUUCACAGUAUAUAAAAACUUGAGUUAGGGCUGGAUGAUGUUAGGGCUCAUAUCAGUAAUCGAGAAUUACUGAUUAGUCUUUUGUUUUAAAUAUCUGUAAUGCUCCCAAACUGUUGUCAUGGCCUUUCCUGUUUUAUCCACAGUUUUCAUUCUACGCCAUUUUUUUAUUUUUAUGCAGUUAUGAGGCACGGUGGCAAAACCUGAAACUGCUGCUGCGCAAGUUACUCAACAGGUUGUUGCUAGGCGACAAAAGAGUGAGUGAGUUGCUAGGUAACGAAUGAGUGAGGGAGUUAGUUGAUGCCACCGACCUUGCUUAGCCGGCCGUGAGAGGUUGAGCAACUAAAGCUUUUCCUCUGCCUACAUCCCCCAGAAUGCUGUGCGGUUCUGGAUUGGAGUUCAGUGAAAUUAUUGAACAUUCUAUCAGACAUCACGUCUAUAGAUACUGAUCACGUGUCUAUAUCUAUCUAUUUUGUUAUUGAUUGAUUAUCCAGCCCUAACUUGAGUAUAUAUUGUAAGAUUUAGUCUCUGUGAUAUAUGUUGCACCCAGUUUGAUGAGUAUAAACAGAAAGUUGGUCUUGUUUUUGCACAUUUCUCAAACUUUCAUUUUGCAUUUUUCUAGCAUGUGAACUUGUACUCAUACAUUUCCAUUCUGAAUAUGACAAAAAAAUACAAAACCAUGUGUUGCUUAGUGGUUGACGAAGUCAUUUGGUAUCAGACAAUUGUGUUUGCUCUUUUUUUAAAUCAUUAGAACAACAGGAACUAACCAAGUGACCCUGAUAAAAAAGUUUACAGAACACAUUUCAUGCCAUGUGUUGCACCCUCAUGGAACCAGCACCAGUUCUGGCUUUUGCUCCGGGUUCUGCCCUCAGGCUGUUUUGUUGCAGUGGUACCUUUUCCUUCUGGUGACUCAACCCUGCAGCCUUUUUUACAUCAGGCAAAGUGGUGUGUGUGUGUGUGUGCGUGUGUAUGUGUGUGUGCGUGUGCGCGUGUGUGUGUGUGUUAAAACAGAUCCUGAUUUAAACAGGUAUUGGUUAUACUGAUACGUUUUUUAAAAAGAGAAAACAAAGUUUUUAUUUAAAAAAAUAUAAAUACAGUAAUAGUUUGGCACAGAUUAUAAUUUUUUUUUUUUUUUUUUUCAUUUUUUGCAUGUCGGAUAACUUGUUGGUCUGCCUGACCUUGGAUUACUUUCAACUGAAUGCCUAAUUUUUCCACUUUUCAUGUCCCGUUUCUGUUUUAUACAGUUCAGUUACCUUCUAGCACGGAUACCUUAAUACAACUUCUUUUCUGGUUAUGAAUCUAGAAAUCUGUCUAUUAUUGGGCAAGACCACGAGUGUUGGAAAAAGUUUUUGUAUUGUCAUCCAUAUUUUGUCAGUGUUUGUAAACCUAUGAGCACAACUUCAGUUCUCUUGAGCUACAUGUCAAAUGUACAAAAAGCAAUAAUAAUACGCUACAGUAGCAAUCCUGACUUGAAUAUUCCUUGCUCACUACAGGACAAAGCUCUGUUGGUGCUUGUCUGAGCUGUGUUCAAUUCAGUCAAAUAAAAGCAUUUCCUUUGAA